CUACAGCACAGAAAACCUCCUGCAUAUGCACCAACCUAAUAGCAGCAAAUACCCGGUGGAUUCUGGAUCAGGAGAUGAAACCUGGAGCUGCCAGGAGCGCACCCUGUAAUUAUUAGGACUUGCAUCGUCCUGCCCCGUCUCCCUCCCAGACUCUGGAGGAUUCUUCACUGAGAUCAGUCACUUCUGACAAGUGGCCACCCUUUGUAAUCAGACUUCUGUAGCCCAGGAGGAUCCUGGCAGUUCCCGAACUAUCUUGCCGUGUGAUAAGUGUAUCCAGCUAUUAAUACUGCAGUAGGUGCGGUUUCCUGUCCCGGAUGGAAGGUUCUAGUCGCAUGGGAGCAGUCAUGGGUUUCAAGAAAAAUAAUUACCGGUGAUGUUGCCAUGAGAUGUGGUGGUGACGCUCGGUGACUGGUUGGGAGGCGCCAAUCCCUGCAGUGUGGACUUCAUGUUGAUAGCGCAGCAGGCGUGUGGUGGAGGGGCUGAAGACAGAGAUAAAUGUACGGAUCUGCUGGCCCCAGGUCCCGUAGCUGACUCUUACUCACAUCGGCACAUGGUUCUCGCUUUCUCCAGUGUCAGCUGCCAGCCCUCCUAGGUGUGCCAGGGUGGAGGCCCAUGCUGUGGAUCUGUGGGACUGGGGGUCCCUGGGAAGGAUGAGGUGCUCCCUGCGAAUAUGGCUUCUCAGCACCUCCGUUCUGCUCUUCAUCAUGUCUCUCCUCUUUACCUUCUCUCACAAUGGAACGGAGGCCCCGCUGUACUCAGAGCUGGGGGGAUGGGCAUCAGCAGAUGGGCACCCGGUCCGGCUCGUGCCAGGUUACCCCGGGGUGAGGCAUCGCCCCCCUGCUCCUCAUCUCUCCAAGGACUGUGCCUGCCGCCACUGCCUGCGCCAACCUGGGCAUUCCGCCUGGUUCGACGGUCACUACGAUGCGGCCAUCUCUCCUGUGUGGACCCUGGAGAACCUGGAGCUGCCAGCCGAUGUCCAGCACUGGUGGAUGAUGCUGCAGCCUCAGUUCCGGUCACAGAACACCCUGGAGGUCCUGACUCAUCUUUUCCAGAUCAUUCCUGGGCACAACCCCUACAAGCUACAGGAUCCCCUUUUGUGCCAACGCUGUGCUGUGGUUGGAAAUUCCGGCAACCUGCGAGGAUCUGGCUACGGAAAAGACAUCGACAGCCACAGCUUCAUUAUGAGGAUAAACCAGGCUCCGACACUUGGCUUUGAGAAUGACGUUGGCUCCAGAACCACCCACCACUUCAUGUACCCAGAGAGUGCAAAGAAUCUGCCUACCAACGUCAGCUUCGUGCUGGUGCCGUUUAAAGCUCUGGAUCUCCUGUGGAUCACCAGCGCGCUCUCUACCGGGCAGAUCCACUUCACAUACGCCCCGGUGAAGGCGUUCCUGCGGGUGGACAAGGAUAAGGUUCAGAUCUACAAUCCAGCGUUCUUUAAAUACAUCCAUGACCGCUGGACGGAGCAUCAUGGCCGCUACCCCUCCACCGGCAUGCUGGUCCUGUUCUUCGCCCUCCAUGUCUGUGACGAGGUGGAUGUUUUUGGUUUUGGUGCAGACAGUCGGGGAAAUUGGCAUCACUACUGGGAAAACAACCGCUACGCCGGUGAAUUCCGCAAAACUGGCGUCCAUGAUGCAGACUUUGAGGCGCAGCUGAUUGACACACUUGCCCGGGAGGAAAAAAUCAAGGUGUACGGUGGGCAGUCUCUGUAAGCCCCGCCUACAUUUCAUAGACCGCAGAGGUCCCGCCCCUCCAGAACUGGUCAAGCCGCUAUUUUUCUAGAGUCUCGCCCUGAUGGCGGCUUCAGAGUUCGACUUUUGUAAUAUCGGAUUCUGCCUCCAGCGUGGAUUUGGGGGUGACCAGACGGGGUGCCCUCCAUGUGCACUGACGAUGAGAAGACUACGUAUUACUCCGUGCUGUAUCCCCCCCGAGCAGCCUCCUGGCACUGACAAUCUCCUGUGACGUACGCCUUGUUCAAUCCUCUUCUUGCAUCAGCCAAUCAUGUUUGAGACAUUUUCUGACCCUGUGGUCAUGAGCUGCUCCGACCCCUGGGGGUCAGCACUGAGUCCUGGGGCUCCCUUCCUAGUGCCACCGUCUGCUUGCUGUCAGUGAAUAGAGCGGUUCUCACACAGGAUUGUCUGUGUACAAUGUAACAAGAACUCAGCCGUGAGCGCAGGACAAGGUCAGGAUGGUGUUUUAUAAUAAGCUUUCUCUUAUGCUGACAGCAAGCAGAGAUAUUGAAGACUAUGGAGCUGAAACAUAUCAGAAGAUUGCAGAACUUUGCUAUCCACAUAAAUCGAUCCCUUAGUUUGUGGGUGCGGUGAUCACCCCACUUCUUCCCCCCAGUAUUCGGUGAUGGGUGCAGUCCUAUCGCCUCCUCUUUUUUUACCCUCCUCCGCCCUUUUUACAUGGCUGCGUGUGGAGCCAACUUCUGAGCUGACAAUGGACUAAAUGUUUUGGGGUUCCUGCACAUGACGGAGGCUGGUGACGCCAUCAUGAUCGGUCGUACAAGAUGUCCGCCUGCACAGAGGGCCACACAAGGGU